ACGCCGUGGGCGGAGGGCGAGGCCCUGCUGCCACCACCUCCCCUCUCUCCGCCCGCCCUGUCAGGCACCGCCUCCUCCUCCUCCUCCUCCUCAGCCGCCUGACGAGGGGACCGGGGUGGCAGCCGCGGCGAGGUAGCAGCGGGGGGGUGGCAAGGUAGGGGACAGCCCGCGAAGCUCCGCCGCUCCGGGCCGCUUCUCGUCCUCGUUCUCCUGCGUGCGGGGCGCUGAGGACCGGCCAUGGUGAAGGUGUCGUUCAACUCCGCGUUGGCGCAGAAGGAGGCGGCGAAGAAGGAGGAGGAGAACAGCCAGGUGCUGAUCGUGCCGCCGGACGCCAAGGACCCUGAGGAUGCUGUGCCUGUUGGACAGAGAAGGGCCUGGUGCUGGUGCAUGUGCUUUGGAUUGGCCUUUAUGCUGGCUGGUGUGUUCCUGGGUGGUGCCUAUCUGUACAAAUAUUUUGCAUUCCAGCAGGGUGGCGUGUAUUUCUGUGGAAUAAAGUACAUUGAAGAUGGCUUACGUUUACCUGAGCCUGGGGCAGAGGCUCAGAGUGCUCGCUACCACACAAUUGAGCAAAAUAUUCAGAUCCUGGAGGAGGAAGAUGUCGAGUUUAUCAGUGUGCCAGUCCCUGAAUUUGCUGAUAGUGAUCCUGCUGAUAUUGUCCAUGACUUCCACCGGAGACUCACCGCCUAUCUUGACCUUAGCCUGGAUAAGUGCUAUGUGAUUCCUCUGAACACUUCAGUUGUUAUGCCACCAAAAAAUUUCCUGGAGCUGCUCAUCAAUAUCAAGGCUGGGACAUACUUGCCUCAGUCCUAUUUGAUUCACGAGCAGAUGAUUGUUACUGAUCGCAUUGAAAACGUGGAUCAGCUGGGAUUCUUUAUUUACCGCCUGUGCCGCGGCAAGGAGACCUACAAACUACAGCGCAAAGAAGCCAUGAAAGGAAUUCAGAAGCGUGAAGCUGUCAACUGCCGAAAGAUUCGACACUUCGAGAACAAGUUUGCUAUGGAAACACUCAUCUGUGAACAGUAAUGAGGAUAAUACUGUUACAGGAGACUGAAAAAGUACAGUAUGACCCCACCCUUUGUAUUGUGUGCAGUGAUUAUUUUUUAAAAUCUUAUUUUAUGUAAGUAGUGGACAGGGCUUUCUUGCUGAACACCUUUCAUACUUCUCAUCUCAUGAUACAUGUAAAAUCAAUACAUUUUAGUUUUCUCCUUAUUUUCAGGUGUGGUGUUCUUAUUAUAUUUGAAUAGCAAUUGUAUAAAGACUUAGUUGCUAGUGCAUUUCAUGUGAACCUCAAAUACUAGGAAGAAGAAGAAAUCUUUGAAAUAUCCAACAGUUUUUAAAUAAGUAAAAUUGAAAAAAAUUAUUAAUGUACAAAUGGACUGCAAGAGCUACUUCUAACUGUAAUAUUACCUGCUAUAUAGUUUGUUACAGCUAUAGACAGACCUGUAUUUGACUCUCCUAACCAAGUGCAAUUUGUUUUGUUUUUAAAAUAUUGUCAUAUUUACCUUUUUGAGAUUGAUUUCUGACUUGAUGUUUUAAAAUGGCAAGUGUUUGCUGUAACAAUCUUUUAGAGAAUUAAGAAGUAACUUAUGUUACUAACUUGUAUAUAAUCCAUGUAUGUGCAAUGGAAAAUAAACCUUAUAAACCU